CCUUGGACCUGAUCCUCAUUCUUGCUGCCUUGCAGAAGAAGAUGGGUGACUUGCCCUUAGAUAUCAACAUCCAGGAACCUCGAUGGGACCAAAGCACAUUCCUAGGCAGAGCCCGGCACUUCUUCACAGUUACUGACCCUCGAAAUCUGCUGCUGUCUGGGGACCAGCUGGAAACUUCCCGCAACAUUGUGCAGAAUUACAGGGCUGGUGUGGCAAUCCCAGGGCUCACUGAGGACCAGCUAUGGAGAGCCAAGUAUGUGUACGACUCCGCAUUCCAUCCGGACACAGGGGAGAAGGUGGUCUUGAUUGGCCGAAUGUCAGCCCAGGUGCCCAUGAACAUGACCAUUACUGGCUGCAUGCUCACUUUCUACAGGAAGACUCCGACUGUGGUGUUCUGGCAGUGGGUGAACCAGUCCUUCAACGCUAUUGUGAAUUAUUCCAAUCGCAGUGGGGAUGCUCCCAUCACCGUGCGGCAAUUGGGGACAGCCUAUGUGAGUGCCACCACUGGGGCUGUGGCCACUGCUCUGGGACUCAAGUCUCUCACCAAGCACCUGCCCCCACUAGUCGGCCGAUUUGUACCUUUUGCAGCUGUGGCCGCUGCCAACUGCAUCAACAUCCCCCUGAUGAGGCAGAGGGAGCUGCAGGUGGGCAUCCCAGUGACUGAUGAGGCGGGUCAGAGGCUUGGCCACUCAGUGACUGCUGCCAAACAGGGAAUCUUCCAGGUGGUGAUAUCAAGAAUCGGCAUGGCGAUUCCUGCCAUGGCCAUUCCCCCAGUGAUCAUGAACACUCUGGAGAAGAAAGCCUUCCUUAAGCGCCGGCCCUGGUUGGGGGCGCCCCUGCAGGUGGGACUGGUAGGCUUCUGCCUGGUAUUUGCCACACCCCUGUGCUGUGCCCUGUUCCCCCAGAGAAGCUCCAUACAUGUGACCAGGCUGGAGCCGGAGCUGAGAGCUCAGAUCCAAGCACAGAACCCCAGCAUCGAUGUGGUUUACUACAACAAGGGGCUUUGAGGGGGUCAGCCUCUGCCCCUUCCUUAGGCUGCUUCUUGGGUACCACCUUACAAUGCUACUACUUGUUUAUCUUCUGCGUCAGGGGACUUGAGGUGGGGAGCAGCCACUGAGACCAGCAACCCCUUAGCCUGGGGGAGGCACCCCUAUAAUAAGCCUCUUCUCUCCUCUCUGGUUUCAAAGAGCAAGUCACAAAACCUGUCCCUCCUGUGCUUAUGUGCGUGCAGACAGACAUAUGCAACACAUGUAAGUGUUUAUACAUUUGGUCCUGGAAGCUAAGAGCAGAUAGGCUGUUCUCGGAUGUCUUAAUAUCUGGCUCCCCUCCUCAGUCUCCUGCCCACCUAGCAGUAAGCCAAGUGAUAGGGGACACUUCCUUCUCUAAACUGUUCCUCUGCCCAAGACAUUUCUGAUAGCACCUUACCCUUCUGGAUACAGGAGAAGCCCCAGGAUCCCAGGACAUGGACCGAGGGCCACCAGCAAGCUAAAUAUAGCUUACCCCUUCAGCUUUCAAGUAGCUGGCUCCAAAAGUUGGCUUAGGAUCUGGGCUGGCAGAGUAAGCAGCGUUGGGAUUAGGGAGUCAGGGAGCUGCGCCUGCUGUGCCCAUGUCCUAGAAGAGUCCCGCUCUUCUCUUCUUUUCUAGAGGAACAAAGGGAUGUCAGUAGCCUGUACUGCCCUCCACACUGCAACAUGAGUGCUUUUAGGGAUAGUUUUAGGUCAUGAAUCGGAUAGAAAUCCAGCAAUCCAACUCUUUCCCUCAUUAGAGAGCCACACAGGCAGAGCAAGUGUUCCCCUUCAUCCACUGCCGUCACCUGUACCCACUUCCAGGGGAACUGGGGCGGGAAUGGUGCUUAACACAGGCCUCAAGCGUACAAUCUCCAGACAGGUAAUUCUGUGUUUCAUUGACCCUUCUUAGACAGUCCCCAUGCCCCCACCUCAGCUCCUUCCUUUCCACAUAUCCCGUCUCUGGAAGAACCGGGGGCUUCACAUAAUACUAGGCAAGUGCUCUACCACUGAGCUACAUCCCCAGUCCCCUCUCUU